GUUCCAUUAGCAGCUUCGAUAUUGGUACAAGGACAUGCAGUGUAGUGUGGGAUGGUCUGUUAGUUCCAUGAGGACCUUCACAUCCGCGUCAUUAAACCUAGAGAUGGUUACCGGUAUAUCCAAUUCAGUGCGUCUCGGUUCUCUUUCGACUGCUUCGGACGACGUAGACAGCGGCAAUUGUCUGUGCAUGUGACGUGGAGGAGAUUCAAGGUAAAUUCUAUUGUAACGUCGUGCCUGCUGUUUCGGUCUAUCGUGACUUCCGCUUUCAGGUCCAUCAAAUCGGGCGGCAGAACCCCCCAGUCAGAUCUCCAUUCUCUUCCUUUCCAUUCUCUCACAGUCGAUCUGUUCCUCUUAAUUCUCUCAUAGUAGUUGUCUUCCUCUCGAUUGCUUCUACAUUUUCCUUCGUAGUCUGAUUCCCGACCAUUCACCAUGGACAAUACUGCAGCACCACCUCCGUCGGGCAACCUUCCGCCUGGAAACCUUCCGCCUGGAAACCUUUCGCCCGGAAACCUUCCUCCUGGAAACCCUCCGCCUGGUACCUCCCUGUCGAGAGUUCUUCCGCAUGGCAACCCUCCGCCUGGCACCUCUCCGCCAGGAGUUCAUCUGCCUGGCAUGUCUCAGUCUACGCCUAUUGUCCCUGCGCCGGCUGUCCAUCCGCCUGGCUUGUCCAUGUUUGCGCCUAUUGCUCCUGCGCCGCCCGUCCAUCCGCCUGGCGUGUCUGGAUCUACGCCUGUUCUCCCUCCGUCGGUUGUUCAUCCGCCUGUGUCUGCCUAUAUUCCCGCUGUCCCUGGGUCGGCCGUUCAUCCGCCUGGCGGUCCUCAGUCCGUGCAUAUUGCCCCUGCAUCGGUCAUUCAUCCUACCGGCGUGUCUGCCUCUAUUCCCGCUACCCCUACGUCAGUUGUUCAUCUGCCUAGUGGGCCCCAGUCUGUGCCGAUUGCCCCUACGUCGGCCGUUCAUCCGUCUGGCGUGUCUGCCUCUAUGCCUACUGUCCCUGCGCCAGGCAUUCAAAAUCACUUUGCUCCUCAGGGGUUUCAGUCUCCCAUUUCUUAUGGGCCUUUUUACUACUUGUACGAUCCUAUGAGGCCUCAGGACUAUCUACCUCCGCCGGCUCCUCAACACGGUCCGCACUACAGCUUCGCAGCCUACACCCCGCCCACUAUGUUCUUCAGCACUUCCCCGGAUGUGUUCUCUGGACAGCAAAACCAGUCGCAGCCUUCGUCUACCCAGCCUUCUGCUAUCCACAACUCAUAUGUGCCUCAUUUACCCCCCCGCCAGCCAGAGUCCAAUAUCCGCAGUACUCCCCUGCCCAUCCACGCGCAGAUCCCCAACCAGCGAGGCAAUUUCUCUACCUCGGAGGUCAGGACACCGGGCGUUCGCGCGCUUGCCAGCUCUCAAACCCCUUUCGGGCCUACUACCCACGAUUCUUUGCUCGAUACCCCGGAUCCUAGCGGCCACGCAAAACCGGUAGUUUCUCCUGUGUCUACACGUAUAAAGACUCGCCGUCACAGCCCCCUUGAAGAGGGACAGGCGGGGUCCCCCGAAAUACUGUCACCCGGUUCGUUUAAAACUUACAAGAUCCGCGAGUGGGUAGAAGACCAAGUUACUCACCAUCUUGGUUCUAUUCCCGACGAAGAAGCACCUGAACCACCGGAAUCGGUGGACACUGCAGAUUCCAUGAAGCAUGAGGAACUUAUGGGUACAAUUCUGGCCGCAGCCGAGCUUGUGGAACUCGCCGACUUGUCGGACCCCGGACGGAAGCGGAGGAAAGGGAAGGUGGUCGCUAGUUCGAGCAGUUUGCAACCCCGGACCGCCAUUGCAAGGGCGUCAAAAAAAAGGAAGAGUAGCUUCGCGGCUGAAGGAUCGAAAGCACGGAAGACGGGCGUGGAAGGGUCUGCAGGCGCAACCCGACGUUCCACUCGGGUCAAGAAACAGAGUCCUGGCUAUGGAACUGCGAUAAAAGUUGACGAGGAAGAGGAGGAGAUCGGAGGGGACAUGCCAAACUGAGUAACCAUUUUCAACAGGACUCUCCCAGGAAUCUCAUGCGG